AUGAAGGCCUCUGCCAUCCUCCUCGGCGCUUCUGCCGCCUUUGUCGCAUCUCAGUCCCUGCCUGAGGGCUUCCCCGCUUGUGGUGCCACUUGUAUCUCUGGUAUGCUCGCCAAGGCCGGCAGCGAGUUCCAGUGCCAGGCAAACGACAUUUCUUGCCUCUGCUCGCAGGUCAACUUCCUGUACGGAGUUAGAGACUGUGCAGAUGAGUCCUGCCCCAGCGCUGCUGAGGCCCAGACCGUCAAGGACUACGGUGUAGGCGUCUGUGCCCAGGCCGGUGUCGCCGUGUCUGGCGUCCCCGUCUCCAACACCAUCACCGCUUCUGCCUCCGCUUCCACCACUGUGUUUGCCACCAACUCUCCCUCCAGCGGUGCCGGAAGUGCCACCGAGACUGGCUCCCAGACCGGCUCUGAGUCGGGUACUGCCACUGGCGGUGCCGCCGUUCCCAUCUCCACUCAGGUCUCUGAGUCCACUGACAGCACCGGUGGCGUCCACACUGUCUCGUCUACCAUCUUCAGCACCGCCAGCGGCACUGCCACUGGCACUGAGACUGGCACCGAGACUGGCAGCUUGACCACCGGCACCUCCACUGCCACCCUCACCGGCAGCGACACCACCUUGACCACUGAGGUUCACAGCACUGGCACUGCCGCCAGCAGCGGAGCCUCGGGCACUCGCGCCAGCGGCAGCUCCUCUAGCAGCUCGGCCUUUGCCGCCCAGCAGACUGUCGGCCCCGCUGGUCUGAUUCUUGCAGCUGGUGUUGGCAUGUUGGCCAUGAUGUAA